AUGAGUUCAUCAAGCAGUUUAGGUUCAUCUGUUGCAAGUGCUUCUGCUCCUUCCAUUGAUCAAUCUGGAGAUGAAAAUGCUCCUCUUUGGGGUUAUGUUACAAAAUUAGUUAAAAGGGGAGAAGGAGGAAGUGGUAAUACAAAAUUUAAGUGUAAUUUUUGUAACAUUGAGUACCAAGGGUCAUAUUCUAGAGUUAGAGCCUAUUUGUUGCUACUUACUGGCCAUGGAAUUAGAGUGUGUGCAACUGUGAAGAAUAAGAGUGAUCUUCUUUUUGAAAUUCAAAAGGUAGAUCAAGAAGUUGAAAACCAGAAAAAAAUGGCAAAGCCAAAAAACGUUCCUUUACCACCUCCAUCUUCUCAAAUUAGUGCUAGCCACGACAGUGUAGAAGAUGUUGGAACAUUUAGAACGGAAGGUUAUGCACCAAGAAAGAGAAAGGCAAUUGGGAGUAGUCCUUUAGAUAGGGCAUUCAAUCAAAGUGCUAGAGAGCAUUUACAUUCUUUAAUUGUCCGUAUGUUCUAUUCAGCCGGUUUGCCUUUCUAUUUGGCUAGAAAUCCAUACUUUGUGGAUGCUUUUCAAUAUGCUGCUGAGAAUCAAAUUGUUGGGUAUGUCCCUCCUGGAUAUAAUUUGUUGAGGACUACCUUACUUCAAAAAGAAAGGGCAAAUAUUGAAAGGUUAUUGGAACCAACUAAGAAGUCAUGGGAUGAGAAGGGGUUGAGUAUAGUAUUUGAUGGAUGGACUGAUGCACAAAGGAGGCCUCUCAUUAAUUUUAUGGCAGCAUGUAAUGGUGGAGCUAUGCUUAUAAAAGCUGUUAAUUGUGAGGGUGAGACCAAGGACAAGUAUCAUAUUGCCAAACUAAUUAGUGAAGUGAUUGAUGAAGUGGGUCCUAAUAAUGUAAUUCAGGUAAUUACUGAUAAUGCUCCAGUUUGUAGUGCAGCUGGAUCAAUUAUUCAAGGUAAUUAUCCGAAGAUGUUUUGGACACUUUGUGUAGUUCACACUCUUAAUCUUGCUCUUAAGAACAUUUGUGCUGCGAAGGAAGUUGGAGUUGCUGCAUAUGCUUAUGAUGAAUGCCAUUGGAUCACUACUAUGAUUGAUGAUGUAAUGUUUGUGAAAAAUUUCAUCAUGAAUCAUUCUAUGAGAUUAGCUAUUUUUAAUGAGUUUGUACCUUUGAAGCUACUUUCUGUUGCAGAUACACGCUUUGCAUCUGCAAUUGUUAUGCUAAAAAGGUUUAAACUUAUAUAUCAUGGUCUCCAAACAAUGGUCAUAAGUGACAAAUGGGCUUCUUACAAGGAAGAUGAUGUUGGGAAAGCAGCUGUUGUAAAGGAAAAGUUGUUGAAUGAUGUGAAGGCAUCCAUCUAUAGGCGUGAAGGGAAGUCAGAAAAUGAAGAGUCAUCCUUUUAUUCUGUAGUGCAUCAAAUAUUAGUGGAAAGGUGGACAAAAAGUAGCACACCUCAUCAUUGCCUUGCUCAUUCCUUGAAUCCAAGGUAUUAUAGUGGGAUGUGGCUUCAUGAAAAUCCCAUUCGUGUUCCUCCUCACAAAGAUGUUGAAAUUUCUGAGAUGAGAAUCAAGUGUUUUAAGAGAUACUUUCCUGAUUCAGAUGAGAGAAGGGCUGUUAAUACAGAGUAUGCGAAGUUUUUAGGUUGUUUGGAAAGUUUUAGUGACUCUGACUCAAUAUGUGAUAGAUGA